CCCGUUUCCGUUAAGCCGCACUAAAUACGUUACACAUUAUUUAGAAGUGUGUUCAACUCAACUGUGCUCUAAUAAUUUCAGAACUACUUGUGACAUUUAUUAAAAUUAUUUGUUUAACGUCAAAAUGUCGUUGUUACUAAUGUACUACAUGAGCGAUGAAGGCGAACGUAUGUACACAUUGAAGGUAAAAUGUUAAAAAAACAUAUAGAGUUGACAGUAAUUAGUAAUAGUAGACUACUAAUAAUAAUAAGUACUAAGUAACUCCAACUUGACUUCAACUGUUUAAUUAAGUUAAUAUUAGGUACUUCGGUAAGUCAAGGGAGACUACUACUUUUUGUGUAUGGGAUUUCGCAAUCGGCGCCAAAAAAUCCGAGUUUUUAAUUUUCCGAUGUGUGUGUCUAUUUAUUAUUAAAUUAGUACUUUCGAUAUGUAUUUGAGUUCCGUUUUCGGCCUUAUAAUUAGGUAGACAUCUUGGCCUACAUUUUAAUCAAUUUCUUUUUCAUUUACAAUCAGUCAGCUUUGAGAAAAUCCUUGGUAAAUAUAAGGCAACUUUCAUCAUUAAAAUUAAGUCGAAGGAAAAAAUUUGUCACUACCAAAUUUUUUUUGCAUCUGGGGAAUCUAUUGAUCUACAUGUAUGCCAAUUUUCACAGCGAUAAGUGUCUUACGAGAGACGCUAUGUUUCUGCGCGUUCGCAGCAGGUCAUGCAGCUCGCUCAACCUAAUUUCGUCAUGGGGUGGGCCACGCCCCCUUUGUAAUGGCGGAAGUUGCCGAUACUUAGGAAAUAUUAAUUUAUUACCACUAUCUACAUCAAAAUAAUUGAUAACUUGUGUUUCAGAAUGCAUUUUGAAGACAUUUAAACUGGAAUGUUUUAAUUUGAGCUUUAACAACCCGGUAGAAUCCAUAUUAUAAAUGAUCAGAAUUUACCGUGUGCAACACGUUGUCAUUGGCAACCAUUCACAGCCACUUGCAUAAUGACUGUAUCGUAGUACUACCUCAGAGUUUCAUUCAUAAGAGUUUGCCGUGUGCAAAAACUACUAUACCAUUGGUCAGGGAAAGCUUUAAUUAAUUAUUCAUGUGCCAAAGUUGAAAGUUUAAACUAAGUCGACCCUAAACAGUAUUUUAGUGAUAAGGCGAUGCGUUGCCUUAUAUAAAGUAUAUAGUCAUUGCGCAUGACGCGAUCAGCGGAAUGAGGUCACAAGAUGUGGAGGUUUUGUCCAUAGUAAAAAAUACCAAACGAACUCACACUUUAAAAAUUCAUAGCUCAAAAAGUACUUAAGCUAAAAAGUUGAUUCUGGUUUCAUUUUUUUUAUUUGAAAUUAGCUCUAACUAACUGUGCCAUUAAAAAAAUUAUUUGAAUUUUUUUAAAUUUUGUAUCCAAGUGCCUAGUUAAUAUUAAUAAAAAAAUACUUUCCCUAAGGGUAGUUCAGGUGCGUAUAAAAAAUAUUAUUUCAUAACCGACACUCAAGUGGUAGAUUACCUGAUUACCUUUCACCUGCGUGUUCAGGACACACAAAACUUAUUCUACUAUAACCACAUAAAAUCAGAUAAAUCAAUGACUAAUGAAAUGUGCUCCUUCUGCAGACUUCAAAUGUAAGUACCAGGUACUAUAUUGAGAAAAUUCAAAUUCAAAAUAAUUUUUUUGAUAUUACAGUUAUUUAGAACAAAUUUCAAAUUAAAAAAAUGAAACCAGAAUCAACUUCUACGAAUUUUUAAAGUGCGAGUGGCGAGUCUGUUGGGUAUUUUUUACUGUGGAUGUUACAAAACUAUUUGUUACAAAACUAUGAUGUGUUGUAAAUUAAUUAUGUUCUGACCCAAUUGUUAAAGUAUUGGGUUUGAAAUGUUUAAUGUUUGUAUUAACAAACAAAGGUCCCUUUCCUCUACGUUAGAUUAGUACUGCUAGUAUGGUUAUGUCUAGGGUACGAUUAAUUUCCUGAUGAAGUAUUCUACACUAAUCCUACUUCACACUCACUCUAUCAUUCAAGGAAAACUCUCACUUUCAAGUCUAUUAAUACUUAAACUAUACUAAUAACACAAGAGUGGUUCAGCCCACAAUAAAUAUUUAAUUAUAAGAAAACAGAACUAUCAGCAUACAAAUUACAUAUACUAUACACAUAAACAGGAUAACAAGAUACUGCCCAAUAUUAUUGUAUAGUAGGCUCUCAAUGGCGAUCUGGUCGAAUAAGCAAGUCCCCACACACACACACCACAGCGGCCCUCUGCUCGGGUCACAACGUACUGCGGGGUUGGGCGGCUUGACUGCGUAAGUGUCUCCGGUCACUGGCACUGCGAGGAGGUAGGUGCCGACUUAUAAGUAAGUCCCACACACACACACCACAGCAGCCCUCUGCUCGGGUCACAACGUACUGCGGGGUUGGGCGGCUUGACUGCGUAAGUGUCUCCGGUCACUGGCACUGCGAGGAGGUAGGUGCCGACUCUGAACUUUACUGUGGGUAACACACACACAGUAUAUGCUACCGUCUUGUUGAUUCCUUUGGCUUAUCUCCUGCUAGUCACUGCGCUUCCUCUAACUGAACUGUACUAACUUUAGUUCCAGUUAUUAUUUGUUGAACUGUUACAACUCUGACCAAACGUUAUUUACUUUAAAAAUACUUUCUGGUCAAAUAUUCUUUACUGGUCAAAUGUUACAUACUGUAACUUAUUUCAUGUAAUUUCUUCACUUUACUUUACUUCAGUUUACUUCACUUUACGUAACUUCCGUUUACUUCACUUUACGUAACUAUCCUUUACGUAACUUUACUUAACUUAACUUAACUUAACUGGCUAGAAAUGAGAAUAAUAAAUACAAUGCAUAAGACAUAGCUAAGAAUUACAAAUCACAUCACAUUAUAAAUUAUUAAUAGUUAUCAUAUUCAAACAUUAACAAUAGUCACUAUAGUCCUAACAUUUUCUUAAUAACAUUACAUCUACGACUCUACAUACCAGUACAUAUGAAUAUGAAAUAGAACAAUACUAACCCGACACAAUCGGAUAAACACACUUUAUCAGCUAAUUAUGCCAGCCAGGCUCUUCUGACAUAAUUCAGGUAAGAGAGGCCGAUACAUGAUUUGGGCUUUCAAUAUAUACUCUAAGUUUGGCGUGCUUGUCCCGCAUUUAAGCGUGGCAUCCCAGAGUCGUGUUUAAAUGACUCACAAGCGUGGCUUCGGAUUCCGUUACGCGUUGGUCAUCAGAGUGACAACUCAGAGUUGGGACGCUUGAUAAGAAUGAGUGUAUUGCUUAAACUGGGUCAUGGCCAAAGUGAAUAAGUUAAUUUCCAUUGUUAUUUGAGUCUACUUGUAUUAUUUUAAGGCCCAGCCUAAUUGUGUCAUAUCGCGUGGGGUAGCGCUGAACGCGUGGGGAAGCGAUGGAGAGAGUGGAGCCAGCGGGUCUCACAAAGGUGAGGACCAGCGGGUCUCAACACCCCCCCCCUCUUCGCUUUGGGACAAUACCCCGUAUUGGCACACACUACAUAAUCAGAACAUUCUUUAAUACCUUGAUAUUAUACAUUUUAAAUUGAACAAUGUAAUCAAUAUUCAUAGCAAAACUACAUUAAUGGCAUAAAAAUCACACAAUUGCAAGUACAAGUUUACAUGGAAUCAAUAGUUACAAAAUUUUCAUAAUAAUAAUUGCAUUAAAACUACAUGAUGAACCUGCGAAGAAAUAGAAAUUUAAAUGGAAAAUUAGUUAUACAGAUAUCAAUGAUCAUUACUAUUCCCCAACCCGUGAAAGAAAAUCAGCUACAACAUUGUCUUGUCCCUUAAUAUAAUCUAUGUCAAAAACAAAUUCCUGCAAUGCUAAUGCCCAUCUGCAAAUUCUUGGGUUAGCAAAAUUUGAUGUUUUUAAAUAGCUCAGACAUUUAUGGUCGCAUUGAAGCGUAAACUUAGCACCUAAGAGAUAACGUGCUAAUUUUCUUACAGCCCAUACAAUAGCCAAACAUUCUCUUUCAAUGGUAGAGUAUCUGGUUUCACGGUCCAGCAGUUUACGACUGAUAUAUUUGACAGGAUGAUAAAUUCCUUGUCUCUCUUGCAUAAGGCAUGCCCCUAAUCCUUUUGUUGACGCGUCAGUACUAACAAUAAAUGGCAACUUUGUGUUAGGCAACACAAGAAUUGGGUUUUUAGACAGAAGUGCUUGAAUAGUCUUCAAUGCCUUAUCACACUCAUCAGUCCACACUACCUUAUUGGACUUACCUUUUUUAGUUAGGUCAGUGAGCGGUGCAGUUAAGGACGCGAACCCUGGAAUAAAUUUACUGUAGUAAGAGGCUAGUCCCACUAAGCUUCUGACCUGUUUCUUUGUUUUGGGCUGUUGCAGCCUGAGGAUCUUAUCAAUGUUAUCGGGAUCUGGUUGUAACGAACCUUCCCCUACCAUGUGUCCUAAAAAUUUGAUGUUGAAGAACCCUAGUUCUAACUUAGAUGGUUUGACUGUAAACCCUGCUUCUUUUAAACGCAAAAAUACCUCCCUUAGCUCUUUUAUGUGUUCCUCCCAACUGCUGGAGAAAACACAAAUAUCAUCAAAGUAAGUGAUUACUUGAUGCAGACCCUUAAACAAUUUCCUAACUAUUUUAUUAAAUGUGAGAGGAGCUGUAGCAAGACCAAAUGGCAUGUAUUUAAAUUGAUACAGACCUGAAGGAACCCUAAAAGCCGUCAAUUCUCUACUCUUUUGGUCUAACGGUAUUUGCCAAUAUCCUUUCGUUAAAUCUAACUUUGUAAAAUACUUCCCCUUAUGUAAUUUUGACAUCAAUUCUUCUUGAUCGGGAACAACCUCAGCUACGAACUUAGUGACUGCAUUUAGCUUCCUAUAGUCUACACAAGUUCUGAUUGUGCCAUCUUUCUUUUUAACUAACACUACAGGUGAAGCGUAAGGUGAAUUUGAUUCUUCUAUAAUGUCUAAUUUUAACAUUAACUCUAUUUCUUUAGCUAAAAUAUCUUGAAGAUUGUAUGGGAUGGCAUAAGGCCUUAGAGUAAUAGGUUUAUCUGAGGUUAGUUCUAUGCUAUGAUGGCCUAUAUUAGUCUUACCCGGGCUAUCUGAUAUUACUGAUUCAAAUUCUUGAAGUAAACAUUUGAGCUGUUCCCUCUGACAAUCCGUUAAUUCAGGAUUAAAACAAAUGUGGUUAUCUGUUAUUGGGCUGGAACCCAGCGUUGGCACACUACCUAGUUCUUCUGAAAUAUCUUCAUUGUCAUCAUAGUCAUCCGUCUCAUUAAUGACUGAUGCUAAUGACCCGCUCAAAAUAUGGUUUUGAGUUUCAGGUGCUUGAUUAUUGGGUGGUGAAAUAUUUUCCCUAUUAUGAAAUUUGCAUACUCUAUUGACAUGAUAAGUUUUAACUGUAUUCCCUUUCCUAACUCUAACAUUAAAUUUUGAUAUCUUUUUCUCCACUAUAAAUGGACCUUCCCAUUGGAGCAUCAACUUAUUGCCCUUUUUUGGUUUUAAAAUCAAAACAUGGUCACCGUCCCUAAUGUCUUUCUCUUUGGCAUUUCUAUCAUAGUACUUCUUGGCACUAGUUUUCUUAAUUUGGGAAUGUGUCAAUGCUGAUUCUGUCGCUACCUGUAAUCUGUUUUUAAGAUCUAUUAAAUACUCAUAAACUGGUUUCUGAUCAUCAUCGACCGAUUUAUCCGUAAAAAGUUGUUUCAAUAUGGCCAUGGGGCCACGUACUUUUCUACCAAAAACAAGCUCAUAUGGAGAUAUGCCGGUUGUUUCAUUGGGAAUCUCUCGAUAUGCAAAUAGUGCAGCGGAUAUGAAUCUAUCCCAAUUCUGAGGUUCAUUUUCUGCUAACUUCCUUAAAAUAGUUUUUAUUGUCCCAUUAAAUCUCUCAACCAUGCCGUUUGACUGAGGGUGGUAUAUUGAGGAUUUUGUUGGACGAAUGUUAAAAAAUUGACAUACCUGGUGAUACAUUUCAGAACGGAAUUGUGGACCGUUAUCUGACAGUAUAGUGUGAGGGAAACCUACUCUACAAAAAAUUGCGAACAGUCCUUCCUGAAUGUCCUCUGUCGUUAUGUUUUUCAACGCUAUUGCCUCUGGCCAUCGCGUGGCGGUGUCAACUAAUGUCAAAAUAUACCUAUUUUUCCUAUCUGUCAUCUGUAGUGGACCUAUGAUAUCUAUAGCUACUUUAGUGAAUGGAGUACCUACAAUGUCUGUGGUUCCUAAUUCUAUUUUUCUAACUGUCCCUGGUGGUCUAGCUUUUUGGCAUGUAGGACAAGAUCUAACAAAGGCUUUAAUAUCUUUGUCUACGUGAGGCCAAAAAAAUUCUGAAUAUACCCUAUCUCUAGUUCUACGAAGGGACAUAUGUCCUGCUAAUGGAGUGGAAUGGGCUGCUUCUAAUACUAAAUGCCUUUUAGAUUUAGGGACUACUAAUUUACAGUUUGUUCUAGACUGAUCUGAAUGAUAAGUAAAUAUCCUGUACAAGAGCCCAUCGGUCUCUUGAAACGAAAUAGACCCUGACUUUGUAAUUUCUUGUGUAUUUGAUUUCGCCUUUUCCCAGAGGUGAUUUAAUUCUGGAUCCGCUAACUGUUCCUUUCUGAAAUCGCAACUAUCAAUAGCUACUGUAUAGUUCGGUGGGGACAGAGACUGUGUUUGUUUACUCUGUCCAGACGCGUCACAGCUGACCGCACCUGUCGGUAAACACGGUUGGCUAACUUGACCUACAAAUCCUGUUAGUGGUUUUACAUCUGCUCUUGGGUCAUGAUUAAUACCCAUCUGGCUCAAAGCGAUUUUGUAUUGUCGCUCACUCUCUUCGUCUUUUAGUUGUAAUUCUAAUUUCCUUAUUUCAAAGUUUCUUAGUGCUAUUUCUUUCUUAUCCUGACGUAUUUUUUCUGCCCUUUCUUCCUGUUCCCGACGCAAUAUAUCUGCUCUCUCUUCUUGUUUUGCCUUUUCCUCUCUCACGUAAUGCCCUAUAUCUUUACCUGUUAGCCCCAUCUCGGUAGCUUCGUCUUUAAGUUCCUGGAUCGACUUCAUUGUCGUUAUCUUAGUCUUAGUCAAACUGACUAUACGGUUUCAAUAAACACGGCGGAUAUGCAAAAAAUAAAAUAAAACUAUGACAAUAUACGUAUACGAAACAACUCAAAACGCAAGACUUGACAAAACAAUAACACUUUCCCGUGACAAUUCCCUACAAACACGAUAAGACAAGACAAAGGCUGAAAAAAAAAUGUUUUGAUAUCAAGAACACAAAGAGAAGAGAAGAUAGUAGACGACACGUAACUUAACACUCCCUGAAACAAAACUGACACCACGACUAACACUUAGCAAGAACUAUAUAGAGUAAAAUCCCCAGCGAACUUUAUCGCUCUUACGGGUAAACGAAUUUUACCUAUAUAUAUCUAUAGACCCUACUAGAAAUGGGAGCAUUCAAACUAACUUCUCAAUAAGGAAAAGAUACUGAAAAUGCUACGACCCUCCUUGGAGAUAACAAAGAACAAAUAAACGAAUAAUGAAUGUAACCAAACUGGUUGUGGUGGACUGUAAGCGGAUAAAAGAUGAAAACUUAAAAUUCAAACCCUCCGCCGAACACACCCACAAUCAAAUGACGCCUGUCACACAGCCUGUGGUUCCACCUCAAUUAGCAGGAAGACACAACGUUGACCUAGAUUCCUGACCCAAAAGGCCCUAUUGUAUAGCGUCGAAGCGUGUUAGUGUACUACUGGUACGUUGUAGCAGGACCGUGAGACUUCUCUCUCCGAUGUGUAACAAGGAAUAUGGGGAGAGAAUGUUUACACAAUAAACGAUAACUGUUAGUUAAUAACAAUACUUUCUCAUUUGACUAAAACCAUUUGCACAUAAAAGUUAAAGUAACAAUAAAGUGAAAAAAUUCAAACUAACUUAAAGCAAUAUCUUUAAAAUACAAUCUAAUCAAUAUAAUAUAGAUCGUUAAAUUCAAUAUGAUCAAAUCACCCUUGUACUAAUCUACGUAUUUGUUUAGACGAGCCCCCAAUUGUUACAAAAAAUUGUUGCUAAACUAAACUAUGAUGUGUUGUAAAUUAAUUAUGUUCUGACCCAAUUGUUAAAGUAUUGGGUUUGAAAUGUUUAAUGUUUGUAUUAACAAACAAAGGUCCCUUUCCUCUACGUUAGAUUAGUACUGCUAGUAUGGUUAUGUCUAGGGUACGAUUAAUUUCCUGAUGAAGUAUUCUACACUAAUCCUACUUCACACUCACUCUAUCAUUCAAGGAAAACUCUCACUUUCAAGUCUAUUAAUACUUAAACUAUACUAAUAACACAAGAGUGGUUCAGCCCACAAUAAAUAUUUAAUUAUAAGAAAACAGAACUAUCAGCAUACAAAUUACAUAUACUAUACACAUAAACAGGAUAACAAGAUACUGCCCAAUAUUAUUGUAUAGUAGGCUCUCAAUGGCGAUCUGGUCGAAUAAGCAAGUCCCCACACACACACACCACAGCGGCCCUCUGCUCGGGUCACAACGUACUGCGGGGUUGGGCGGCUUGACUGCGUAAGUGUCUCCGGUCACUGGCACUGCGAGGAGGUAGGUGCCGACUUUGAACUUUACUGUGGGUAACACACACACAGUAUAUGCUACCGUCUUGUUGAUUCCUUUGGCUUAUCUCCUGCUAAUAACUGCGACUCCUUUACUGAACUGUACUAGCUUUAGUUCCAGAUAUUAUUUAUUGAACACCUCUGACCAGUUAUUUACUUUACAAAUACUUUCUGGUCAAAUAUUCUUUACUGGCCAAAUGUUACAUACUGUAACUUAUUUCAUGUAAUUUCUUCACUUUACUUUACUUCAGUUUACUUCACUUUACGUAACUUCAGUUUACUUCACUUUACGUAACUAUACUUUACUUAACUUUACUUAACUUUACUUAACUGGCUAGAAAUGAGAAUAAUAAAUACAAUGCAUAAGACAUAGCUAAGAAUUACAAAUCACAUCACAUUAUAAAUUAUUAAUAGUUAUCAUAUUCAAACAUUAACAAUAGUAACUAUGGUCCUACCAUUUUCUUAAUAACAUUACAUCUACGACUCUACAUACCAGUACAUAUGAAUAUGAAAUAGAACAAUACUAACCCGACACAAUCGGAUAAACACACUUUAUCAGCUAAUUAUGCCAGCCAGGCUCUUCUGACAUAAUUCAGGUAAGAGAGGCCGAUACAUGAUUUGGGCUUUCAAUAUAUACUCUAAGUUUGGCGUGCUUGUCCCGCAUUUAAGCGUGGCAUCCCAGAGUCGUGUUUAAAUGACUCACAAGCGUGGCCUCGGAUUCCGUUACGCGUCGGUCAUCAGAGUGACAACUCAGAGUUGGGACGCUCGACAAGAAUGAGUGUAUUGCUUAAACUGGGUCAUGGCCAAAGUGAAUAAGUUACUUUCCAUUGUUAUUUGAGUCUACUUUUAUUAUUUUAAGGCCCAGCCUAAUUGUGUCAUAUCGCGUGGGGUAGCGCUGAACGCGUGGGGAAGCGAUUGAGAGAGUGGAGCCAGCGGGUCUCACAAAGGUGAGGACCAGCGGGUCUCAACAGUGGACGAAACCUCCACAUCUUGACUUGUGACCGCUAAUCGCGUCAUGCGCAAUGACUAAAUAGUUUAUUUAAGGCAAAGCAUCCCUUUAUCACUAAAAUACUGUUUAGGGUCGACUUAGUUUAAACUUUCAACCUUUGGCACAUGAAUAGUUAAUUAAAGCUUUCCCUGACCAAUGGUUUAAUAGUUUUUGCACACGGCAAACUCUUAUGAAUGAAACUCUGAGAUAGUAGUACUAUGAUAUAGCCAUUAUUAAUUAUGCAAGUGGCUGUGAAUGGUUGCCAAUGACGUGUUGCACACGGAAAAUUCAUUUCUGAUCAUUUAUAAUAUGGACUCUACAGGGUUUUUAAAGCUCAAAUUUUUUUCAAAUUAAAACAUUCCAGUUUAAAUUUCAUCAAAAUGCAUUCUGAAACACAAGUUAUCAAAUAUUUUGAUGUAAAUAGUGGUAAUAAUGAAAUAUUUCUUAAGUAUCGACAACUUCCGCCAUUUUAAAGGGGGUGUGGCCUACCCCAUGUCAAAAUUAGGCUGAGCAACGUUAUGGUGAUAUGGGUCACGGGGACAAGCGUAGCGAACGUUGGACACGACCUACAUCAAUGAGAAUUGGCACACAUAUACUUCAAUAUCUAAUGCUUUUCACGAUUUAAUUAUGAAAGACCGUUUUCUUUUUAUUUCACAAAAAAUUGUGUAAGCGAAGAUGCCAUAUAUAAACCAAAGAUUUUCAAAAUAAAGGUCGAUUGUAAAAGCAAAAUAGCUGAAUGGAAAUGUAGGCCAAGAUGUCUACAAAAUUAUAAGGCCGGAAACUGAACUCAAAUAUAUGUCGAAAGUACUCAUUUAAUAAUAAAUAGACACACACAUCGGAAAAUUAAAACUCGGAUUUUUUGGCGCCGACGCCAAUUUCCGAUACAAAUUUUGAAGUAGUCUCCCUUGCUUUACCGCAGUAUCUAUCAACUGAGAAGGUAUAUCUUCCAUUUUUCAACACUUUAAACUUUAGGACUUAAUCUUAAACUAUCUACCAAAAGCACCAGGCUAUACCAACACAUUUAUUACACCGGUACUCAAUACUAUAUUCAAACACAGAACAGCUGCGGAGAGUGUUCAAAUUCUUUUCUGUGGUCGCAAGGGGAAUGGCACAUGCCCAAAUGCCAAAUAGGCACUGGAUCUGAAAUAUGAUGAUGAUCACUGAAUUUAAAUAGGGAUUAUAGAAUAAAAAAGGAGAUCUAAAAUUUGAUAAUAUAUUGCCAAAAAUUGUGUCACAAGUAGAAGAAAUCAUGUUGUCAACCUUACGUCAUGUAAAAAUAAUAGGCCUAUGCCAAUAUGCUAAUUUUUUAAAAUGUUAUUGUUAUUUCACAGAAAACAGAUCCAGAGGGAAAGCCAACAUUAUCUGCUCACCCUGCUCGAUUUUCACCAGAAGACAAGUAUUCUCGUCACAGGAUCAUUACUAAAAAACGAUUUGGACUUCUUCCAACACAACAACCUAAGAUCGUUUUAUGAUCCGGGAUUAACUUGCCAGUUAUGGACAAUUUCAAUGGAUUUAUACUUGACACUUGUGCAUAUUCAUUUCAAAGCGUACAUGAAACAAUUAUUUGCAAAUUCACUUAUAGUUACAGGCGUAAUACAGAUUUCAAUUUAAGAUUCAAUUGUAAUUUUAUUAUGUUCAAUAUUUUAGGUUCCAGUAAAAGCCAUUAAGUUGCUCAUAGCCGAAGUACACUGUAGAUGUUGGUGCUAAUGAUAAAAAAUUUAACUUGUGUGAAACUUAGUUGGAAUUUUGUAAUCCUUAUUCUUUGAAUAAUAAAUAAUAAAGAUUGAUUGGCAUUAUGUGUUAGAAAUCAUUUCUUUUAAAUUAUUUUUAAAUUUAAUAAUUAAAACAGGGCUUUACUACAACUUUUUUUUUAGGUAUAAAAAAAUGCCAUAAAAUAAAUACUUUAAAUAAAAAUUUUCUAUAAGGAAAAGCCCCAAACAAGAAUAAGUAAUUUCAAACACUUUAUUAAUGCUAAUUUCAUAAU